GUACUGAGCAUAUUACCGGAUAAGUGAGACUUGGACGUCGCUGCCCAAGUGGUGUGAGAGUUUGUAAACGGAUGUUUUGAUUAUAGUUUUGCUGUUGUUUAAACGUAACCGCCUUUACUCCAAGUUUUGGUGAAUGUUAGCGUUAUUUUGUUGUUUUUUGUUUAUUUUCACCGCGGAGGCAAACGAGAAAACAGUCGACACAAAGUCAGCUGACAUGCGUGCGACCACCUGCGUUUGAAAACCGGCAAAGGCGGUGGCUGUCCGGGCGUGCGGAGCUGAAAAAAAAUCUGCGAGCAUCUGUGCAGCUACUCCCCAAGAAUCCUAACAGCCCCCCGCCUGCAAGUCAUGUCGACCGCCGGGGAAGUACCAGGCUUCUUUAACAGCAUGGGCUCUGACAGCCCCGCCAGGCCGAGGCAGAAAUUUUGUGGCGUGUUCUGCCCGGUUGAAGGCUCCUCGGACAACAAGACGCUCGACUUUGAUGCGCUGUCGGCGUGCAGAGGCAAGAGUGACGGCCGAGUCAUUGACCGGCAGACCGACAUCUCCCAGCCGAGGAAGGUGGAGAUCAGGGAGAGCACCGGGAAGGAAGCUCUGCAGAAUCUGGAUGAUAAAAGGAGUGACCGUCUCCUGAUCAAAGGAGGGAAGAUCGUGAACGAUGACCAGUCCUUCUGUGCUGACAUCUAUAUGGAGGAUGGAGUCAUCAAACAAAUUGGGGAAAAUCUCAUUGUGCCCGGCGGGGUGAAAACCAUUGAUGCCCACGGCCGCAUGUUGAUGCCGGGCGGUAUCGAUGUGCACACACGUUUCCAGAUGCCCGAUCGAGGCAUGACGUCCGCCGAUGAUUUCUACCAGGGCACCAAGGCCGCACUGGCUGGAGGCACCACCAUGAUCAUUGACCAUGUGGUUCCUGAGCCUGGCGUUAGCCUCAUGUCCGCCUUUGAGCAGUGGCGCGAGUGGGCCGACAGCAAGUCCUGCUGCGACUACUCGCUGCAUGUCGACAUCACCGAGUGGCACAAGGGCAUCCAGGAGGAGAUGGAGGCGCUGGUGAAGGAUCACGGCGUCAACUCUUUCCUGGUCUAUCUGGCUUAUAAGGAUAUUUUCCAGCUUACUGAUGCUCAGGUGUACGAGGUGUUCAGUGUGAUCCGCGAUCUGGGAGCCAUUGCCCAGGUGCACGCUGAGAAUGGAGACAUUGUAGCUGAGGAGCAGCACAGGAUCCUGGAGCAGGGGAUCACUGGGCCCGAGGGACACGUGUUGAGCCAUCCUGAGGAGGUGGAGGCGGAGGCUGUGAACCGCUCUGUGACUGUGGCCAAUCAGACCAACUGCCCUCUCUACGUCACCAAGGUGAUGAGCAAGAGUGCUGCUGAUGUCAUCGCCCUGGCCAGGAAGAAGGGCACUGUGGUCUACGGAGAGCCAAUUACUGCUAGCUUGGGAACAGACGGUUCUCACUAUUGGAGCAAGAACUGGGCCAAGGCAGCUGCCUACGUCACCUCCCCUCCCCUGAGCCCCGACCCAACCACACCAGACUAUCUCAACUCCCUGCUCUCCUGUGGUGACCUGCAGGUGACAGGAAGCGCACACUGUCCUUUUAACACCGCCCAGCGAGCCGUUGGCAAAGACGACUUCAGUUUGAUUCCUGAAGGCGUCAACGGCACUGAGGAGAGGAUGUCUAUCAUCUGGGACAAGUGUGUGGUGACGGGUAAGAUGGAUGAAAACCAGUUUGUGGCGGUGACCAGCACCAAUGCCGCAAAGAUCUUCAACCUGUAUCCGCGCAAGGGUCGCAUCGCCGUGGGUUCAGACGCCGACCUGGUGCUGUGGGACCCAGACGUCACAAAGAUUAUCUCUGCCAAGAGCCACAACUCGACUGUGGAGUACAACAUCUUUGAGGGCACAGAGGUGCGCGGCGGUCCUCUGGUGGUGAUCAGCCAGGGCAAGAUCGUUUUGGAGGAAGGGAACCUCCACACCACCGAGGGCUCGGGACGCUACGUGGCCCGCAAACCUUUCCCUGACUACGUCUACAAGAGGAUAAAGGCUCGCAGCAGGCUGGCUGAGCUGAGGGGCGUCCCCAGAGGACUUUAUGACGGUCCCGUCUGCGAGGUGUCAGUCACACCUAAAACCAUGACUCCUGCCUCCUCUGCCAAAACCUCACCUGCCAAGCAGCCCAACCAGCCCGUCCGUAACCUGCACCAGUCUGGUUUCAGCCUAUCCGGUGCUCAGAUUGACGACAACAUUCCUCGCCGGAACACCCAGCGCAUCGUGGCGCCACCAGGCGGCAGGGCCAACAUCACCAGCCUGGGUUAGAGGUCCGACCCUCGGCCGCUGAGGAGGAAGCAAAGUUCUGAGGAAGGACGGCCAACAGGAGCUGAGAGGUCGAGAGUCCCACGUCACGACACCAGGAGCUGAACCCCUCACAGCACCCGAGCAGGCCAUCCGUCAGCCUCGAUCUUUCACCUCCUCCUUCGCCGCUUUUCACUCUCCUCCUCCCCAAAACCCGAUCCUAGAGGACACAGUUAGAAACAAAAAAAAAAGGUCUGCCUCAUAUGAUGAAAAAAAGAGAAAAAAUGAAAACACUUCUUAUUUGAGCACUUUUGACUGCAUUGUUUUGUUUUUUUUAUACCGUGUUUUCUCCCUGCCAUGUAUCCUUUUAAUGUUUGUUUUAAUGUUGUUUUAGUAGAGGGAUCAAUUGAGACUAAACUGAAUUAACACAGUAAAGAGAAGAGGAACAUUUUCAUGCAGGAUGUCCAUCAUAUUUCCAUUCUUGCUUCUCAUUUUCGGAGUACUUUGAAAAGCGUAUUGGUACAAAACCAGUAUUCUUCUGAUCUUUUCUUGAAUAGACCAAGCAGUAGGUUGCUUGAAAUUGAACAGUCUUACAGUUUAAUCAGCUGACAAGAAUCGAAUACUUCUCUAAAGCUGUUAACUCUGUGAUUUCUAUUGUGUUGCAUUUUAACUUUGCAGUUUCCAGUGCAUCGCCAUGUGCUGCAGUCAAUAUCCAGUUAAUUAUUCGCCAUGAGGACGACCUUUAGGUUUGAACACCACAGCGAUCUUUGAUUUGGGUCACAGACUCUGGCUGCACUGGCUCUCAUCUUGUGUUUUCCCACCUGUGGCUUUGCAAAGGUACAUAAGUAAAAAACCAUCUUCCACAUUUGGCAGCUGCCUUAGAGCUUGAGUCUUGUGGAGCAGAAGGAGCUUUGGCAGGUAGUAAAUAGAGCUUUAUGCCUCAUCAGAGUGUUGAGUGGGAGAAUUUAACGAAAGAUUUAGGGAGGAAAGAAAAAGUUGUACUCGCUGUCACUUUAAACUCAACUUUUCCUUUGCCUUAUUGUCUCUUAAUGUCGUCCUUUUAGACACUACGCAGCUACUUUUUUUCAGGUUUGUUUGCAUUCCUAUAAAUCAAAAAGGUCCAAUUAUUUUUUUUUUGGUUGCUGUUGAAGCAGCUGAUAACCGUCCAUCACCAACCAGUGCAUUUACAUACAGAAUGUUUCUCCUCCUCCAAGUGUGACUGUUUUAUACUCAUCAAAAUCCCUCUUUCUUUUCUACUCUUUAUGUGCCUGAACCCACAGAAGUUGUACUGAUAGUUUUAUUCUUGUUUUGUUAUUCUUAUGGAGGUAAGUGAAGGAUGUAAGAUAAAAAAAAAGAUGUAAAAUAGCCAGGAUUAACCGAUUCAAAGGUGCCAGACUUUGCGCUUUCGUAGGGCCUAUUCUGCCGGUAGAGCCCCUGUAAAGACGAAAAAUGCUCGAUAUCUUGAAAUGUUCUAAUGUUUUAGAGUUUUUAACUUGUUGUCAAACUGCUUUUUAGUGUCAUUCUGUAACUAGGUGCCUAAGGGCUGAGCACUAUUGAUUUACGCUUGAAAGUAGACAUGAGCUAAUGUACUUCUGACUAGUGUGCGGUGUUGAUGUGUGAGGGAUGGGACACGCGCAGCAGCGGGCUCCUGUACAGCACUUCUUCUCACUGUUGGGGACGUGACAUCGCUCAGGGCCGUGCUGAGCAUUCGUACACUCCCUUUUUUUUGUGUGCGUGAUCUGGUUUUCAUUAAGCCAAACAACUGAUUUCCUGUGUUACUUCUGAGGUCAACGAGGUCUUGGCCAGCAGUCACCAUCUCUCUGCAGCAGCCUUUCUUCCUCAUGACUCAACACGGAGCAACGAGCUCACCCUGACAUACGGACCAGUUACAUAAAUGUAGAGUAACAUUUAGACUGGUCUUAUUGCAUUAAUAUUAAGAGAUUAUAACAAACCUACUUGUUGCUAUAGCUAGCUACAAGACUUAUGCAACUGGCCCCUGACUCAUUCACACAUAAACACACACAUACACGUAUAAUGUAAAUUAUCGGACUACAUUCUGUGUUUGUGCUUUCAACCCCAGUUUUUCAGGCUCCUUCCCCUUCGAUCUAACUGGAAGCCUAUAGAGGGCAAAGUCUGUCAACAUUACAAAUGUUAAAUGUGUUUAAAACAUCCACAGCAGGGGGGGAUGAAACAUGUCUCUGAGACAAGCUAGGAAUGAGAGACCUUAUGCAUCACACAGCAAGGUUUUUGUGAGUCAGGAUUUGGGAAUUUGACCCUCGUCUGUCUGACUAGUGUUUCUUUAACUCACAGUGCACCACCGAUGCCGCUUUUCCAAUCGACAAAAUUAUUGUUGUACAUUUCUGCGAUGCAUAGGUUACAUUUGUGCGUUGUUUCGUCAAAACGUUUUGACAAUGCUGUGGUUAAUGUGUGGUUUAGACAUAAAAAACACUCGGUUAUGGUUAGAAAAAGAUUGUGUUUUUGGCUUAAAAUACCCAUUUUUUUGUGGCACAAUGCCACCUCGAAAUGCAGCAAUAAUUGCAAUAUUAUAUGGAUUCUAUGGACAAUUAUACAAUAUUUACUUAUAUCAAAAAGGCUGCCACAAAAUGAUUUCCAUUCGAUUCAAUGCAAGGGACCAGUGAUUGAUAAGAAAUGAUAUCAUUAAAUAAACCUCAUUGGGUUUUUUUCUUGGUACCUUAACAUUGAAUGUUUAGGAAAGAGGUGCGCUUAAACGAACUAGAAAGACAGUCAUUGGGAUUUCAAAAUAAAGGUAUACCUUAGAGAUGAAAAAUGUAUCUCACUUUGCAUCAGUAAUAAUGGAUUGUUGGUCUUUGAAUCCAUAUAUUGAUCCAGAUCAAUGCAUCAUCACUCCCCUGCUAUGCCACGUGAAAAAGCAAUGACAGGUCCCUAAAAAACACUUACAUUUAGUGGCUGAAAAAAAUGCUGGAAGACGCAGCAGUGACUCGAUACAAACAACUUGUUUUGUUGUUUGUUGGUCAUAAAAUCAGCUUAUAUACUGCACCACUUUAGAAAUUGUGACAAGAUACAUUUGAAACGUACAAAUCUACCACAACCCUGUUUUGCAGAAAUGUACAGUGCCAACAUUUUCUUUUGGGAACUGGACAUUGUAAUGACACUUGUUGCUUUUUUUGAACUUUUCUCUCAUCUAGACUCAGUUUACACUACAUUAUUCCCUACUAGCCCACUACACUGUUACUUUAGGCGGGAGAGUAUGUGAGUGAAAGUUUGUCGUUGAAGUCCUCAAACACUGACACAGUUUGGCAGCAGGCGAAGCUCUCGUAAGAGUAAUAGCAUGCUGCUUGUAUUUUUGUAUUUUCCAUGUCACUCCUUCCUUUCAGUUUGUCUUUCAUUCCUCCCCUCUCUCCCUCUCCCCCUCCCUCCCUCUCUGGCUCCUUCGUUGUUUCUGGCUGUUGCCGAGGCGACAGACCCCUCCACUUUCGCGGGGUUCUGCUUUUUUGUUUGUCAUGGCAACGCUUGUCAGAUCGGAGGUUGCCGUUAGCAACCUGUCCUGACCUGGUGCCAUUAGUGAAGCUUUGCGCCUGCACACACACACACUCUCUCUCUCUCUCACUUUCUCACACACACACACACACACAGGUUUUUAUAAUUAUUCUGUGACAGCUCUGCAGCAUUUCAACAUAAUCCUGUGCUGAGUUGUGUGCAAAUCCAGAAUCCCCCGCUGCUUAAAAGAAUCUAUUAGAGUUGAAAGCACACUACACACUAUAGGAAACAUACACACACACACACACACACACCAAACACUCGUUGCUGUGAUGCAGCAGCCAUGCCUGAAGAAUUGACUCGGACAUUAAAAACCAGCUGUCAGCGCUGGCACCCUCACCGUGUCCCAUGCCUCCUUGAUGCACACACACUAAAACACACACGUAUACUCCUUCAACGCUCUGUCAGCUUGGAUGCUUUUUCUAUGCCAUAUUAUGCUAAUGAUAUAUGAGUGAUAUGUAUGUACGCAACGUGCUGCAGGCUGAGAGGAGCUUCCUUCCGUUCGGAGGUCGUUUUGAUGCUGUUGAACACCUUCUCGCUCCCCUGAACCUUUUCUCCCCCCCUCUGUAAGCCUCCUCCUCCCCCUUUGUGAAAGUGAACCUGUGUGAUGGUAUUUGUCUUGGUGGCUGUGGGGUUUCUGGGAUGCUUGCUCACUAUGGAAAAGUGUCAAAUCCCAUGGAUGGUGAUGUAAACAAAACAAGGACUUCAAAGAAUUAAAAAAACAUAAGAAAAAAAGGGA